GGGAGACCAGAUAUAGUGAAUGCAGGGUCCGGGGAGACCAGAUAUAGUGAAUGCAGGGUCUGGGGAGACCAGAUAUAGUGAAUGCAGGGUCUGGGGAGACCAGAUAUAGUGAAUGCAGGGUCCUGGGAGACCGGAUAUAGGGAAUGCAGGGUCCUGGGGAGACCGGAUAUAGUGAAUGCAGGGUCCGGGGAGACCAGAUAUCGGGAAUGCAGGGGUCCGGGGAGACCGGAUAUAGUGAAUGCAGGGUCCUGGGGAGACCGGAUAUAGUGAAUGCAGGAUCCAGGGAGACCGGAUUAGUGAAUGCAGGGUCCGGGGAGACCAGAUAUAGUGAAUGCAGGGUCCUGGGGAGACCGGAUAUAGUGAAUGCAGGAUCCGGGGAGACCGGAUAUAGUGAAUGCAGGAUCCGGGGAGACCGGAUAUAGUGAAUGCAGGGUCCGGGGAGACCGGAUAUAGUGAAUGCAGGGUCCGGGGAGACCGGAUAUAGUGAAUGCAGGGUCCGGGGAGACCGGAUAUAGUGAAUGCAGGGUCCAGGGAG